AGAUACUAAAACAGGCAAGACUUGAGAACUUAGUCUAAACAACUUGAAAAUAUUUGUUCAGUCAAAUAAUUAAUUAAGAACAUAAACACUUCAGAUACUAAACAGGCAAGACUUGAGAGUGAGCUUCGAGUUAGGUAUGACCUUUAUUUAAUCUCUUCUCAUCUGCCUUUAACUUAUUUCUAUGAUCCUUUAGCCUUUAAAAUGUCCCCUAUAAUCCUCUCACUCUCCAUGUACUAAUCAGUGUUAAAACUUCCUUUCUAACCUUCUCAAUUUUUGAGACAAAUAUGCCUCAGAGAUCACCACAAUUUUCCAGUUCAGCUAAACUCAAGUACGUAAAACUUGGAUACCAAAAUCUUGUUAACCACUUCUUGACAUGUCUAUUGGUGCCAACAAUUGCUGUGAUUCUUGUUCAAGCCAUUCAAUUAGGUCCUAAUGAAAUCUUCAACUUUUGGAAUUCCUUUCAGUUUGAUCUCAUCAAAAUACUUUGUUCAUCUUUCUUCAUCACCUUCGUAUCCAUCCUAUUCUUCAUGUCAAGGCCCCGAGGGGUUUACCUCAUCGAUUAUGCAUGCUACAAACCACCCAUCUCCUGUCGCGUCCCAUUUUCAACGUUCAUGGAACAUUCAAGAAUCAUACUUAGUUCAGAACCAAAGAGUGUUGAAUUCCAAAUGAGAAUUCUUGAGAGAUCCGGUUUAGGAGAAGAAACAUGUUUGCCACCAGCGAUACAUUAUAUCCCACCUGAACCUAACAGGGAAUCUGCAAGAAAAGAAGCUGAAAUGGUUAUAUUUUCAGCCAUGGAUUCUCUCUUCAAGAAAACAGGAGUAAAACCUAAAGACAUUGACAUUCUUAUAGUGAAUUGCAGCCUUUUUUCGCCAACGCCGUCUUUAUCAGCAAUGGUGAUUAAUAAGUACAAAAUGAGAAGCAACAUUAAGAGCUUCAAUCUCUCUGGAAUGGGGUGCAGUGCAGGGCUAAUCUCCAUUGAUUUAGCUCGCGAUCUUCUCGAAGUUCACCCCAAAUCGAUCGCGGUGGUUGUCAGCACAGAAAUCAUCACACCGAAUUACUACAGAGGCAAAGAUAGAUCAAUGCUCCUCCCAAACUGUCUGUUCAGAAUAGGUGGCGCCGCCAUACUUUUAUCAAACAAGUGGUGGGCGGAUCAAUGGCGAGCCAAAUACAAACUGCUACAUGUCGUCAGAACCCACAAAGGAGCUGACGACAAAUCUUACCGUUGUGUGUUUGAACUCGAAGACUCGGAAGGGACAACAGGAAUUUCUUUGUCAAAAGACCUAAUGGCCAUAGCAGGGGAAGCAUUGAAGUCUAAUAUAACAACAAUGGGACCACUUGUUCUUCCUCCAUCAGAACAACUUCUCUUUCUCUUCUCAAGUAUAGGCCGAAAAGUAUUUAACCUCAAACUCAAACCAUAUAUUCCAGACUUCAAACAAGCAUUCGAACACUUUUGCAUUCAUGCUGGUGGAAGAGCAGUGAUCGACGAAUUGCAGAAGAAAUUACAGCUGUCUGCAGAACACGUUGAGGCAUCGAGAAUGACUUUGCAUCAAUUUGGGAACACUUCGUCUUCAUCGUUGUGGUAUGAAUUGAGUUAUACCGAAGCUAAAGGAAGGAUGAAGAAAGGUGAUAGAGUUUGGCAGAUUGCAUUUGGGAGUGGAUUCAAGUGUAACAGUGCUGUUUGGAAGUGUAACAAGACAAUUAAAACUCCUAGUGAUGGACCUUGGUCUGAUUGUAUCCAUAAGUACCCUGUUUACAUCCCUGAAGUAGUAAAGCUCUAGGAGAAUAUAAUCAUCAAUAGCAGAGAAGAAAAAAACUGGUUCUUGUUUGUGGCUAAAUCUGUUUGCCAUUUCAGCCUUUGCCCUUACCUCUUGAAAACUACUCCCUCCGUCCCAAUAUAUUUGAAGGUGUUAAACUGGUCAUGGAGUUCAUGAACGAAAGGGGAACUUCUGAAAUUUGUGAUGUAAAACAAGCCAUAUAUUUGUUCGGCCAUAAAUCAUUUCAUCAGGUGUAAAAUGAGAAGUUUAAAGUUAAUUGUCAUCAAAAAUAUAAAAGCGUGUCAUCCUUUUCGAAACUGACUAAAAAGGAAAGAGUGUCACUGUAUAGAACUGAUAUACCAAUGCAGCUCAUAGAAUCCCUG